GAACUCAAGUCCAAGGCUGUGUCAUAAAGGGACGCCGGACAGCGCUACUACGUCUAGUCUCUAUACGUCACGCAGUCGUAUUUUUUGCAUAAACCUUGACCAGCCUACCUGAAAUGACUUUGGACUUGUAGAGUAAUGGGCCUGAUGCAUUGUUUGAUCCAGGCAAAAGACGUUGAUGAUUGACUGAAGACACGUGCUCGGCUGUUUGAUGUUUAAAUCGUAUCAGAUUUUCAAAUGUUUUGCUGAAUAUCACAGUAGCACAGUACGAAAGGCGGACGUUACGUUUACACCCACCAUUAUUAUCUACAGAAACUACAUUACUACAACAGGCCAACAUGGCUGAGCUAGCGUCUAUUCUGAGUCUUGGCUUGGUUGCAGCAUUAGCGUAUGCAGUCUGUGUCUUGGUGCGUUAUGUUCAAUCACAGCGCAGAAUUCGAGGAAUUUUAAUAAAACACUGGCCGGGACUGUCAGACCACUGGUUUUACGGUAAUCUUCACCAGCACCCUAUGAAUGAUCCCAAGGUUCGAGAAGCCGGUUCCGAGGAAGAGUUGAAAUUUUGGCGGGAAAUGGAUGCUAAAUUCCCCCGUGGAUUUCGCUGGUUUCACGGGCCUCUGGCCAUUGGUGUGACAGCCAACCAUCCUGAUAUAAUGCGGGCAGUAAUGAAGGGAAGAGAUCCCAAGCCUACUAAGGCAUUAAGUUCUGGUUACCGUUUUCUUCUGCCUUGGCUGGGGUAUGGUCUGCUUCUUGCUAGUGGAGAUACCUGGUUUCGUAAUCGCCGCCUCAUUACCCACGCAUUCCACUUUGAGAUCCUCAAGACCUACAUGACAAUCUACAACAAAGCUACCGGCAUCUUGCUGAACAAGAUGAGUGAAUGUGCAGCAAGUGGUGAGAGUUUUGUGGUGACAAAGAACGUCAGUCUGUGUACGUUGGAUAUCUUGCUCAAGUGCGCUUUUUCUUAUGAAUCCGGCUGCCAAAUAAGCGGAGACAGUCACCCAUAUGUUACUGCGAUGAAUGCAAUCGCUCUUGCAACCAGAGAGCGAGUAUUCAAUCCUUUUCUUCAUCCAGAUUUCAUAUUUCAGAGGACUGCAGUUGGGAAAACAUUUCUCAAAAAUGUAGACUUUGUGCACCAGAUCGCCGAUAAGGUUGUCAAAGAACGUCGAGACAAACUGAAAGAGAAAGAGGCCGAUCCUGAGCCCGUGAAAUCUAAAGACCAGCCCCUGGAUUUCUUGGGCAUCUUGCUAGCUGCCCGAGACGAAGACGGCAAGGGACUGACGGAUCUAGAGAUCCGUAACGAGGUGGACACUUUUCUCUUCGAGGGUCACGACACCACGGCUAGCAGCCUGACCUGGAUGCUGUAUGUCAUGGCAACCAAUCCUGAACAUCAGAGGAAAGUCGAGGAGGAAAUUGAUGAAGUGAUGGAAGGCAGGGAAUCAGAGGUAAUUCAAUGGGAGGACCUUGGCAAGUUCAACUACUUGAUUCUGUGUCUCAAGGAAGCCAUGCGACUCUACCCUCCGGUACCAAUGAUCCAGCGUAUUGUUGCAGAGCGAGAUAUCAUGGUCCACGACAGGUUGAUUCCUAAAGGCGCGUUGGUAAAUUUGAACAUCUACGCUCUCCACCACAAUCCAGAGAUUUGGCCCAAUUCUAUGGAGUUCAUACCGGAUCGUUUCACACCGGAAAAUACCAAGAAUAUGGAUCCCUUCGCUUACUUGCCAUUUUCGGCAGGUCCAAGGAACUGCAUUGGACAGAACUUUGCCCUGAAUGAGGAGAAGGUGAUAAUAGCUCGAGUUCUGAGAAGAUUUCACAUCGAGUUGGAUCCCGACCACAAAGUGGCCGCCAGAUUGCAGUUGGUUUACAAGGCAACCAACGAUAUCAAGCUUAAACUGAAACCUAGGUUUUGAUCCAAUAAUCUGGGCAUUCAAAUUUCCUCGGAUCAGCUGAUUUCCUCUUAAAUUCACCUGCCACUAAAUAUUGAAAAACACUGUACACAUCUUCAAUACAAGUCUUGUAUUUUCUUCUUUAGUUGUGGCUUAAUUACAAUUGCAUGACUAAUUAAUGUAAAAUAGAGAUAAUUGUUCAGCAUUAUGGACAACGAUCCUCCCUGCCAUGUUCAUAAAGCUUUAAAGGUUAUUCAUGUACAUAUGUAUACAACAUUUGCUUUUGCUGUAAUUUUCAGAAAUUAAUGGAUUUGGGUUUGUUUUUUACUGCAAUAUUGUAACACUGACCUAUUUAAAUAUUUGUGUUUAUAGACUCUGAGGAAAAACCAAGAAAAAAAUGCUGUCCUUGUAGUCUCGUUCCCUGACCCUACGUCAGACGACACGGAACACUUUAUAAACGUCGGGGAAGUGUCAGGUCAAGGAGCCAGACUAGCUGGCACCCGUUCACGGAUGUGUAACCGAUUGCAAACAAAAUGUGAACUAACUAAAUUUGGUAAAUCUGGGGCAGCAUUUGAAAAUAAGCCAGUUUUUUUUUCGAGCGAUCGAAGGUCAGCCGACAAUCGUUGAAAAUUGCUACAAAAUUGUAACUUUUAUUAUAAAUGACGGCACACCGGGUGCCAGGAUUUCACAGGGUCCUUGUAACUAUUAUUCACUUACAGUCAAGUAAAGUUAUUUUAUAUUAAUUAAAUUUGGUGUUUUUUUAUUUUUGCAAAAUGUUGUAAUUACCUUUAAGGUAUGCUUUUACUGACAUUGGCUGCUUCAUGCUAAUUUGUUCAAACUUACUGAUUUAGGAACAUUGUCAGCUAAAACAUGUGUCGAGUUCUAAACUGGUACCAGCGACCUCUAUUUGCUUUGAUUUCUUAUUGGACAAACUUUGCCUGAGAGAGCA